UUCCAGGAAAAAAAUUGUUGUAUUUGCGGUUUUUCGCAUCGAGUUAGCAGUUCAAAGAAUUGUUUUCGAACGGAAUGCACACUUUCCUUCGGUGUAUUAAAUUAUGGUAGUUAUACCGCAAGCGAGUAACGUCAUGAACAGUACCUCGACAAACUUCAGCGAUAAUUAUGAAGUCAAGGAGGAGCUCGGGAAAGGUGCGUUUUCGGUAGUACGACGAUGUGUACAGAAACGAACAGGCAUGGAGUUUGCUGCAAAAAUCAUUAACACGAAGAAACUUUCCGCACGUGAUUUUCAAAAACUAGAAAGAGAAGCUAGAAUAUGUCGCAAGCUACAGCAUCCCAAUAUCGUGCGAUUACACGACAACAUACAAGAAGAAGCUUUUCAUUAUCUUGUUUUCGAUUUAGUGACAGGCGGUGAGCUGUUCGAAGAUAUAGUUGCUAGAGAGUUUUAUAGUGAAGCCGAUGCGAGUCAUUGUAUCCAACAAAUUUUGGAAUCAAUUGCCUACUGUCACUUAAACAAUGUGGUACACAGGGAUCUCAAGCCUGAAAAUCUCUUACUUGCAAGCAAAGCGAAAGGUGCAGCAGUGAAAUUAGCUGAUUUUGGGCUUGCAAUCGAAGUACAGGGCGAUACAGAAGCAUGGUUCGGUUUUGCAGGCACACCCGGGUAUUUAUCACCAGAAGUGCUCAAAAAGGAUCCUUAUGGGAAGCCGGUUGAUAUAUGGGCAUGCGGAGUUAUUCUCUACAUUCUUCUUGUUGGUUAUCCACCAUUUUGGGACGAAGACCAACAUCGUUUAUAUGCACAAAUAAAAGCGGGUGCUUAUGAUUAUCCAAGUCCUGAAUGGGAUACAGUUACUCCUGAAGCUAAGAAUUUGAUCGACAAUAUGUUAACGGUUAAUCCAAAGAAGCGAAUAACUGCAGAACAGGCUUUAAAAGUUCCAUGGAUUUGUAAUCGUGAACGUGUUGCUUCAGUAAUACAUCGCCAGGAUACGGUCGAUUGCUUGAAGAAAUUCAAUGCUAGGCGAAAACUAAAGGGUGCGAUACUUACAACGAUGAUUGCCACACGAAAUUUAUCAAGUCGUAAUUUGCUGAAUAAGAAAGAAGCACCACCGAGUACCAUAAAGGAAUCAUCGGAAUCAUCACAAACAAUUGACGACCAGGAUUCUGACAAAGUCCAGAAACAAGAAAUUGUUCGCGUAACACAGCAGUUGCUGGACGCUAUUUCAUGUAAAGACUACGAGUCCUAUUCAAGGCUCUGUGAUUCAUCGAUGACAUGCUUUGAGCCGGAAGCACUUGGUAAUUUGAUUGAAGGAAUGGAUUUCCACAAAUUUUACUUUGAUAAUAAUAGUGGAACACGCGGACCAAAAAUUCACACUACACUGCUCAAUCCCAACGUACACUUGAUGGGUGACGAGGGCGCGUGUAUCGCUUAUAUUCGUCUGACGCAGUUCAUUGAUAAGAAUGGUGAUGCGCGAUCAAGGCAGGCGCAAGAGACACGUGUGUGGCAUAAACGUAAUGGACGAGGUUGGGUAUGCGUUCAUGUUCAUCGAACCGGUGCACCAUCUUCUGUGAAUACGGCUGACUGUCAUUUCUAAUAUAUAUCUUAUUAAAAAAUUUUCUUUUGAUUCUAAACAAAUGCUUGACAUGCUGGAUUUUGUAAACUUAGUCAAAGAUCUUG